AUGGAGGAGGACGGGAACAACUGGGAUCUACAAGCGGUGGUGAGAGGGUGCAGGUUCUCCGGCGGGGCUGCUGCUGCGGCGGCGGAUCCGUUCUCGUCGUUCCCUGCGCCGGCGGCGGCGGAGGUGAAGUUGGGGGAGGAGGCGAUGGUCGGGGGAGGAGGAGGAGGAGGAGAUGGGUUUCUUUCUCCGGAUCUGUUGUUGGCGGGGAGGAGUCGGAGUGGGCUCGAGGAGCUCCAGGAGCUCUAUAUGGCCUUCUUCCCCAAACAAUCCCAACAACAGCAGCAGCAGCAGCAGAAGGGCGGUGGUGGCGGUGGGACCCUUCACCAACCUCACCCUCCGCCUCUCCCCUCGUCCCCCUCCUCCUCAUCUGGCGCCGCCGUGGGCGUGAAGAACCAGCAGAAGCGGGUGGUGUGCCACGUCCCGGCGGACGGGGUUUCGUCCGACAUGUGGGCUUGGCGCAAGUACGGCCAGAAACCCAUCAAGGGCUCUCCCUACCCUCGGUAUGUUAUUAAUUAA